AUGAUUGAUGUCCAAAAUGGAAAAUUAACUAUGUCUGUCCUUGAUGAGACUGUUGAAUUUUCCAUUCUGAAAUCAAUGAAGUUGCCUGAAAACGAUACUAGUCAUUGUUUUGCUGUAGAUGUUUUAGAUUCAAUAAUUUCUGCUGAGUUUUUAGAUGCAUAUCCAUUGAAGGUCGAAGAGAUUGAGGCUGAUGAAGUCCAACCUGGCCAAAGCCCAAUAAAGGAGGGGAAUGAUGAAGGAGGUUCAGUUACAAGCUGUUUGGAGAAAACCAAAGAAGUAUACCAUUCUUCAAUUGAAGCUGAAGUUCCACCCAAGCUUGAACUAAAACCUCUUCCUAAUUCUUUGAAAUAUGCUUUUUUAGGUCCAAAUAAUACUUAUCCUGUAAUAAUUGCUUCUAAUCUUUCACUUGAGCAAGAAAAUGGCUUUCAAGGUUAUUUUCAGAUUCCUAUUGCACCUGAAGAUCAAGAAAAAACGACGUUUACAUGUCCCUUUGGCACUUUUGCUUAUCGCAGAAUGUCAUUUGGGUUAUGUAAUGCACCUGCAACCUUCCAAAGGUGUAUGAUGUCAAUAUUUUCUGAUAUGAUUGAAAGAUAUGUUGAAGUAUUUAUGGAUGAUUUUUCUCUAUUUGGAGAUUCUUUUGAUGAUUGCCUUGCUCAUUUAUCUUCUGUGAUUGUUUAUUCUGAUCAUUCUGCGCUAAAAUUUUUGUUGGCUAAAAAAGAUGCUAAACCUAGACUAAUAAGAUGGAUUUUUCACACUUUAAAUUGCGGAGGACAUUUUAGUGGGAAGAAAACUGCAUCGAAAGUUUUGCAGUCCGGUUUUUAUUGGCCCACUUUGUUCAAGGAUGCGUAUGAAUUUUGUGCUAAGUGUGAUAAAUGCCAGAGGACUGGUAAUAUAAGUAAGCGUCAUGAAAUGCCUCUCUCAAAUAUUCUAGUUGUUGACCUGUUUGAUGUUUGGGGAAUUGAUUUCAUGGGGCCGUUUCCUACUUCCUUUGGUUAUAAUUAUAUUCUUGUGGCUGUUGAUUAUGUAUCAAAAUGGGUUGAAGCUGUAGCUACUAGGACAAAUGAUAGUAAAGUUGUUUUGAAAUUUCUGAAAGAUAUUUUUGCAAGGUUUGGGACACCCAGAGCUAUUAUUAGCGAUGAUGGUACCCACUUCUGUAAUAAACUUUUUGCAGGUCUUUUGAAAAAAUAUGGCAUUACUCAUAAAGUAGCUACUCCAUACCAUCCACAAACCUCUGGUCAAGUAGAGGUGAGUAACAGACAAAUCAAAGGAAUACUAGAAAAAACGGUGAAUCCUUCCCGAAAGGAUUGGGCCAUCAAAUUGAAUGAUGCACUGUGGGCUUACAGGACAGCCUACAUGACUCCAAUUGGCAUGAGCCCAUACAGGUUGGUAUUUGGGAAGGCUUGUCAUUUGCCAGUAGAGUUAGAACACAAAGCCUAUUGGGCUAUUAAAUUCUUAAAUUUUGAUUUGCAGCGGGCUGGUGGAAUAAGAAAAUUGAAUUUAAAUGAAUUAGAUGAAAUAAGGAAUGAGGCCUAUGAAAACUCAAAAAUCUAUAAAGAAAGGACUAAAGCUUACCAUGAUAAAUUUCUUUUGAGGAAAAAUUUUGAACCUGGGAUGAAAGUUUUGUUAUUUAACUCUCGUUUGAGAUUGUUUCCAGGUAAGUUAAAAUCUAGGUGGACAGGGCCUUUUGUGGUACGUGAAGUAUUUUCUCAUGGUGCCUGCGAGAUUGAAAAUCCAGACACAUGUGAAAAAUUUAAGGUAAAUGGGCAACGACUAAAACAGUACCUCGAGGGUGAUCCCUCAGUCUUGAGUAUUGAACAGAUAGAGUUACAGGACUCUAAAUGCCCAUGUUGUCCAGCUACAGACAAUAACUGA